AUGAAGAGUUAUGCAGCUAUCGCAGCUGUGGGCGCCCUUGCGGCCCGUAGCGCCCAUGCCUCCCCGUUCCCACAAGCAGUGACCGCUGCAAUCUCUCCUAGUGGUGCUGCUCCGGCUACGGCCAGUAACGCUGGCGAUGUCUAUAUUAUUUCACAGACUAGCGAUGGCCAAAUCCAGGUCCCGACGACUGGUGUCACCACACCCGUCUACACGCCAGACUACACCUCCGUCAUCCCCAUCUCCGAGAUCAGCGACGGCCAGCCCCAGGCACCUGCUGGCACGCCGACCACCACUCCAACAACGUCUCUAAAGAGCCGCUGUAGGACGCCUGUCAGCUCCUCCUCCACCGAAGAAGCCACAACCGUCGUCCCCGUCUCCGAAAUCAGCGACGGCCAGCCGCAAGCUCCAGCCGGUACCACCGCCACCAUCGUAACCUACGUCGCCGCCACCACCACCACCACCACCCCGACGUCCUCUUCUUGCAGCUCCUCAGCAGCCACCAGCGUCGCCGCCGUCUCGCAAAUCUCCGACGGCCAGAUCCAAUCGCCCACCGACGAGAAGAAGAAGAAGAACAAGCGCAGCCUGACAGCUUGCCCGACCAGCAGCACUCUCACCCUCACCCUGGCCGACGGCGUCCUGCACGAUGCGCACAACCGCACCGGCUACAUCGCGUCCAACUACCAGUUCCAGUUCGACGCCCCACCGCAGGCCGGCGCCUUGUACACGGCCGGGUUCAGCGUUUGCAGCGAAGACGGCACCGCCUCGUUGGCGCUCGGCGGGAGCAAGACGUGGUACAGGUGCUUGAGCGGCGACUUCUACAACCUGUAUGAUCGGUGGUGGGCGGCGCAGUGCGAGGAAGUGAAGAUCGAGAUUGUGGAGUUUGCUGAUUGCGAGUAA